AUGCAAUCGUCUUUAGAAUCUUUUUCUUUUUUCACCUGUGGGGAAAAUAUUAUAAUCCUUUCAUUUCAUCAAUGUAAUCAGUUACGUUUCUUUUUCAUUCUUUUUGUUAUCUUUCUCUUUGUCUCUUUCUCUCUCAUUAUUUUCUCCAUUAAACUUAAAGUGGUAUUUAUUUAUUCAUUUAACAAAUUUAUUUUCUUAUUGUUUCGUUGUUUUUGUGAUCUUCUUUCUUUCUUUCUUUCUUUCUUUCUUUCUUUCUUUCUUUCUUUCUAUUUUCUUUCUUUUUCUUUCUUUACUUUUUCUAUUUCUUUCUUUCUUUCUUUUUCUUUCUUUCUUUCUUUCUUUCUUUCUUUCUUUCUUUCUUUCUUUCUUUCUUUCUUUCUUUUCUAUAACCUAUCCAUGUCUUCCGAUUUUCUUUAUCAUUGCAUCGAGAUAUUAAUUUCUUUCUUUCUUUCUUUCUUUCUUUCUUUCUUUCUUUCUUUCUUUCUUUCUUUCAUUCAAUUCUCUUCUAUUGAAAAAAAGAAUAAAAAUCGAUAUUUCCUUUCUUUCUUUCUUUUUUUCUUUCUUUCUUUCUUUCUUUCUUUCUUUCUUUCUUUUUCUCUUUCUUUCAUCCUUUCUUUCUAUUUUACUUCUUCUUUCUUUCUUUUCUAUAACCUAUUCAUGUCUUCCGAUUUUCUUUAUCAUUGCAUCGAGAUAUUAAUUUCUUUCUUUCUUUCAAUUUUCUUUCUUUCUUUUUCUCUAUUUCUUUCUUUCUUUAUUUUUUCUUUCUAUUUUGCUUCUUUCUUUCUUUCUUUCUUUCUUUUUUAUAUUUCUUUCUUUCUUUCUUUCUUUCUUUCUUUCUUUCUUUCUUAUAACCUAUUCAUGUCUUCCGAUUUUCUUUAUCAUUGCAUCGAGAUAUUAAUUUCUUUCUUUCUUUCUUUCAAUUUUCUUUCUUUUCUCUAUUUGUUUCUUCCUUUCUUUUUUCUUUCUAUUUUACUUCUUUCUUUCUUUCUUUUUUUAUAUUAUAUUUCUUUCUUUCUUUCUUUUUCUCUAUUUCUUUCUUCCUUUCUUUCUAUUUUACUCGUUUCUUUCUUUCUUUUCUAUAACCUAUUCAUGUCUUCCGAUUUUCUUUAUCAUCGCAUCGAGAUAUUAAUUUCUUUCUUUCUUUCUUUCUUUCUUUCUUUCUUUCUUUUCCUGUUUCGUUUUCCCUCAAUUUUUUUAUCAAAUACUUUGCUUUCUCUUUUUUCCCUUUUCCCUCCCUCGCUUUUCACGUAUUUUCCUUUGUCCUCAUUUUCCUUCCCUUCUCCCUCGCACCUUACUCACGUACUUUUCUUUCAUUUUCCUUUUCCUUUCAUUCUUUCUUUGCCCCUCCCUCCCUUCUCAUGUACUUUUCUUUCAUUCUCACUUUCGUUAUUUCAUAUCUAUCUAUCUAUCUAUCUAUCUAUCUAUCUAUCUAUCUAUCUAUCUAUCUAUCUAUCUCAUCUGUUCAUUAUCUAUCUAUCUCGGUCAUUUCAUAUCUAUCUAUGUAUGUAUAUAUGUAUGUAUGUAUGUAUGUAUCUAUCUAUCUAUCUAUCUAUCUCAACUACAUACAGUAUCUAUCGUUGUUCCUCUUUUAUAAUUCUUUUCUUUUCUUUUCUUUUCUUUUCUUUCUUUCUUUCUUUCUUUCUUUCUUUCUUUCUUUCUUUCUUUUCAUUUUUACCCUUCCCGUUGACUAAUUUCUUAUUUCUUUUCUUGAUUCUUUUCUUUCGCUUUUGUUUUUUUUCGUUUCUUCCUGACUCUUUCCACUCUCCUUCAACUCUUUCUUUCGAUUUCUAUCUUCCUCCUCUUUUUUUUUCUCUUCUUUCUUUCAUUUCAUUCUUUCUCUUCUUCUUUCUUUCUCUUCUUUCUUUCAUUUCAUUCUUUCCUUUCCUUGUUUCUCUUCUUCUUUCUUUCCUUGUUUCUCUUCUUCUUUCUUUCCUUGUUUCUCUUCUUCUUUCUAUCUAUUCCUUCUUUAUCUUCUUUCUUUCUUUCUUUCUUUCUUUCUUUCUUUCUUUCUUUCUUUCUUUUCCUUCUUUCGUUUCUUUUUCUUUCCGUUCCCGCACUUCUUUCUUUCUUUCUUUCUUUCUUUCUUUCUUUCUUUCUUUCUUUUCAUUUUCUUUUCCUUUCCUUCUUUCACUUCUUCUUUCUUCCUUUUCCUUCUUUCUAUCUAUUCCGUCUUCAUCUUUUUCUUUCUUUCUUUCUUUCUUUCUCUCUUUCUUUCUUUCUUUCCGUUCCCUCACUUCUUUCUUUCUUUCUUUCUUUCUUUCUUUCUUUCUUUCUUUCUUUCUUUCUUUUCAUUUUCUUUUUCCUUUCCUUCUUUCACUUCUUCUUUCUUCCUUUUCCUUCUUUCUAUCUAUUCCGUCUUCAUCUUUUUCUUUCUUUCUUUCUUUCUUUCUUUCUUUCUUUCUCUCUUUCUUUCUUUCUUUCUUUUCAUGUUCUUUUUCCUUUCCUUCUUUCACUUCUUCUUUCUUUCCUUUCCUUCUUUCUAUUCUUUCUAUCUAUUCCUUCUUUAUCUCUUUCUUUCUUUCUUUCUUUCUUUCUUUCUUUCUUUCUUUCUUUCUUUCUUUCUUUCUUUUCUUUUUUUUUCCUUUCAUUUUCUUUUCCUUUCCUUCUUUCACUUCUGCUUUCUUCCCUUUCCUUCUUUCUCUUCUUUCUAUCUAUUCCUUUCCCUCUUUCUCUUCUUUCUUUCUUUCUUUCUUUCUUUCUUUCUUUCUUUCUUUCUUUCUUUCUUUCUUUCCAUUCCUUCACUCUCUUCUUUCUUUCCUUUCAUUUUCUUUUUCCUUCCUUCUUUUCUUAUUUUUCUUUCUUUCUAUUCCUUCUUUCUUUCUUUCUAUUCCUUCUUUCUUUCUUUCUUUUCUUUCUUUCUUUCUUUCUUUUCCUUCUUUUUCGUCUUCAUUCGUUUCUUUCUUUCUUCACUCAUGUUUUCUUUUCCAUCCCCCCCAUUUUCUAGCCAUUCUUUACCUUCCACAGCCUCCUUGUUUAUCUAAUUUUCCUUCUCUUUCUUUUUCUAAAUUCCUUCUGUCUUUUUUCUUGUUUCUUUCUUUUUCUAAGUUGCUUCUUUCUUUUUCUAAAUUCCUUCGUUCUUUUUCAAAUUUCCUUGUCUCUUUUUCUGUUUUUCUUUUUCUUUUUCUAAUUUCCUUCUCUCUCUUUUUUUCGUUUCUUUCUUAUUCUAAGUUGUUUCUUUCUUUUUCUAAGUUGUUUUUUUUUCUUAGUUCCUUCUUUCUCGUUUUUUUCUUCUACUUCCAUCCAUUUCUAACGCUUUCUUUAUCCCACCCUUCCUUCUUUCCUUCUCGUUUUCCUUUUCUGUAUUCCGUCUUUUUCUUCCUUUUUUACCGAACAUUUCUUCUUUUUUUCUUUUUCUUUCCCUCCUCCUUUUUAUUCCUUUUCUUUUUUAAGAAUUUUCCUUUCUUUUCUUUUUUCAAAUGA